AUGGCAACGGAGAGAUUCUCUUCUCCGCCAGCCACAUCGCAGGAGGAAAACGCUCUCUUUCUGGAUAUACUUCAUGAAGCUCCUUUGUUUGCUCAUCGCAAGCCUGCGAGGAUCGUUGGGAGUGUUUUCUAUUGCAUACUAUUGGCAGGUUAUAUUACUUUGGCUGUGGGAGCUCAGUGGAUAUUUCGUCCCGUGCAAGGAUUGAUUUCUCCUGUGUUAUGUAGUUGUGAUGUUCUUCUUAUGCUGUUGACAGGAAUCUUUCAACAAUAUCUAGUUUAUCAAGUGCAUAAGAUACGGUUGCAGGGCUAUUAUAGUUUCAGCCAGAAGUUGAAAUUUAUUGUUCGCAUACCCUUUGCCAUUACAGCUUAUGGUACUGCUGCAAUGCUACUUGUUAUAGUCUGGAAACCUUACACUGGUUUUCUGUCAAUCUCUGCAAUAUUGAGGAUUAUUAUGGUAGUCGAAGCAUUAUGUGCUGGAUGUUUUAUGAGCCUUUAUAUUGGUUACAUACACCAGUACAAUUCAUUGAACUCCCAUCCUGAUGUUCUGAAGUCCUUAUAUUCACCACUACAACCAGCAAGUUCUUUGGAGGGUCUAAGGUACCAUGAUGGUAGACUCUCUGAUCAGCAAAUGGCUUUGUUGCAAUAUCAGCGUCAAAAUCUUCAUUUUUUAAGUGAGGAGAUUCUUCGUUUGCAAGAGUCUUUAAACAAAUAUGAACGAACUGAAGAUCGGAGCACACCUCAGGUUGACCUUGCUCAUCUACUGGCAGCUCGUGAUCAAGAAUUGCGUACAAUUUCUGCAGAGAUGAACCAAAUGCAAUCUGAACUAAGGCUUGCCCGGUCCUUAAUUGCUGAAAGGGACUCAGAGACCCAACGUGUCCGGAUGACCAACAAUCAGUAUGUAGAAGAGAAUGAAAGACUCAGAGCUAUUUUAGGAGAAUGGAGCACCCGAGCUGCAAAGCUUGAGCGAGCGCUGGAGUCCGAGCGAAUGUCAAAUAUUGAAUUACAAAGGAAGAUUUCAUCGCUAAGAAGCCAAACACAUAUGUCAGUAGAAGCAACUGAUCAAGGAGGUUAA